UAUGGAUUCCACUGAGGUUGCGAGCUAUGCAAUUCUAUGAUGGGAACAUGAAUCUUGUAUGUGCAGAUUGUGCUUUCUGCUCUCCCUUUUCUUCCCUUCUCAUCUCUUGGAUGAAUUGAUUUCCCUCUUCUUUCAUUCAGAUGACAAUAUAGAGAUGCUUACAUGUCUCUUUUCUAUUUAGCAGCAUUGAUUUAUGCAGAUAUACAACUAAUGGUAAAGCCAAAACAAAGACAGAUCCAUCGUAAGAAGCAUCAAAAUCAAUGUUUCCUCUACGCUGAUCCACCUGAUGACGGAGAUUGGAUGGUGGCCAAGAAGCAGAAAAUAACAAUUAUAAUCCCUCCUAUGCCUAAUAAGAAGCACUCAGAAAUGCCCACUGUAGAAGAUGGCCAGCUACAAGAAAAGCCAAGAAGCAUCACUAACUCCAAGUCACCAAGAAACACCACCAACUCCCAGUUGCACUGCUCGUUAGCAAACACUGCGAAGCUAUCAGUUCAUGAACUGGAUAAAUCCAGGUCAUCUGAAGAACAGGCUGUUCAACCUCAACCUCCUCUAGAAGUGCCCAAUGUAAAUUUCGAAAAGCCACCAAGUUCAUCCCAUCAGAGAACCACCUCAGACAAUUCUCCACUUUGUGGUCAUAGGGAGGGGAAUGACAUUAGUCCGUGGAGCAUCCCGAGAUCUAGGCAGGGAAUGAAGAUAUUUGCUGAUAGCACCUCAUUUCUAAAUCAAAGGAUGAGAGCAUCGCAUCUAGAGAAAAAGCUCAGGAAGGCAGGAGGAUUGGAGAAUUGGCUCGAUUCUCUUGGCCUUGCACGAUUCAUCAAGGUUUUCCAGAUGAGAAGGGUUGGCAAAUUUCAGCUGGCAAAUCUUACUAUGCAGAAGCUCAAAGACAUGGGCGCGGAUGCCGUUGGCCCGAGGAGAAAGCUGAUGCAUGCCGUUGAUUGCCUCUGUGAACCCCAUUGUUUCCAGCACAUCUGAAUGUUGCAUCAUCUUCUUUGAAUUUUACUGGGUUAAAUGUUUGGGGAAUUUUGUAAAAACUUUACCCUUUUUUUAGCUUUACAUCCGUCUAUAUGUUGGUGUCCCAUUUACCAGUAGAUUACUAUGUAAAAGUCUUAUAAUUCCUGUUAUCCAAUAAAUCUUA